AUGGUUUGUAUUCACUGCAGAAAUGCUUUAUUUAGUCUUGGGUGUCUGUUCAACAGUAUUGAUAGUUUUACACACUCUAGAUUCAUUUUUAUUCUUGCGUGUGUCUGUUUUGUUUCUGCAGGUACUAUAUUUGCCUAUGGGCAGACUGCUUCAGGCAAAACAUAUACCAUGAUCGGUUCCAAAGAUGAUUUAGGAAUAAUCCCCAGGGCAAUUCAUGACAUUUUCAACAAAGUUAAGAAGUUUCCUGAUAGGGAAUUUCUCUUACGUGUGUCUUACAUGGAGAUAUACAAUGAAACCAUUACAGACUUACUCUGUGACACUCAAAAAAUGAAACCUUUAAUAAUUCGAGAAGACUUCAGUAGGAAUCCGUAUGUGGGUGAUCUCACAGAGGAAGUUGUUUAUACACCAGAAAUGGCUUUGAAGUGGAUCACAAAGGGAGAAAAGAACAGACAUUAUAGAGUUACGAAAACGAAUCAGAGAAGCAGUCGUUCUCAUGCUAUUUUUAGGAUGAUUUUGGAAAGUAGAGAGAAAGAUGAACCCUCUAAUUGUGAAGGAUCUGUCAAGGUGUCCCAUUUGGUGAGUGUUGAUGAACCAUGAUGAUGUACUCUACAG